GCUUUUAUUUUAAGAAGGAUGAUAGCAUAGUCACAGAUUGAACAAAGGUAUUUGUACGAUGAUUUAGAACAUUAGAAAGUAAGAUAUUCCAAGUCUCAGUAUUAGCAUCAAAUUCUACUACAUUUAUUCUGAAAUCGGGUCGCAGACCAAUCGUAAGGUGUGCGGUCGCCUUUAGAUGUCCAAAGGGGCUGCUUGGGGAGAGUUUAUAAAGAGCCCACUCCACCCCCACCCGUCUGAACCCACGUGCAGAGAUAGUGGCAAGCAUGAUAUGACGUCGUGUUUAUUUUGAUUCAUCAUCAUUCGAUCAUCGAAAGGAAAGUUGUGAGACAAGAAGACCGUCAUUUAGAACCUCCAUUUUCACUGGCUUCAAAAGGUUACAAGAAUAACAAGGUAGACAAAAUGGCAGAGGCAAGUAGAGUGACAUAUUCAUCUUUACAAGAUGCUGAUAGGGAUCAUGAAGAUUCAAAAGAAUCCCUGAAGACGUUAAAGAAAUGCCAUGACAAGGCUUAUGCUGAUAUUCAAAUGGCCUUAAGACUAGAUGAACAAUCCAAAAGAGAAGAAGCCAUUCGAUUCUAUACCACAGGACUGAAAAGCAUUGCUCAGGCAAUGAAGAUUGAUUGCAAAGGGAGGCAUUGUGUAGGAUCACAGUGGGACCAUGCUAGAAACAUGCAACAGAAGAUGAAGAAAACAGCCAUACAGAUGAAGGCCAGACUGGAAUGUCUUGAACAGGAGCAGAAAUCAGUUUCAAUGGGUGGGGCAUGUGGGACUGACCAAGAUGAAGUAGAUACAGACAUCCUUAGCCUUUAUGAAGACAACAGUUCUUAUGGAAGUCUACCCUCGUAUGCCCAAUCAACAGCAGAUGCCAGAGAGGUGCUUCACAUCAAACAUGGUGUCCAACUCUUCUUUAUCAACUCCAGCGGUCAGGUGAGUGCACCUAGUACUCCAGGACCUCUUAAGAUGUUCAAGUUCCCUGAUGAUCAAGCACUAGGGCAGGACCAACCUCCAGCAUUCCUGCAGAUAGGGGAGUGGCUGUAUCCUCUCCUGCCUGGUCAGUCACCUUCUCUCAAGGCUGCCGAUGGUGUCUAUAUGUUUCCUGAUCUCAGCUCGUUGGACAAGGGGGACAGUGUUGGUGUAAUUUUUGCACCACAGGUAUCAAAAUCUGAAAAGUUGAAAUUCCAACAGUUAAUUCAAGAACUUACCGCCAUGAAAGAAGAGCAAUUACCUUCAGUACAGGAGGCCGCAUCAUCAUGUGUACCGAGUGAAAAUCACAGGGUACCAUCAGAGAGGAUAGAGGACAGAGCGGCUGAUGAGGAGGUUAUGGAUACCGAAGAAGAAGGACAGAAGUAUAGAGAUGUUAGUCAGAAGAUCGCAAAAGGCAUAGAAGUUGGUGCUGAAUGGAUAUCAUGGGGAGUAGUGAAAGGAGCUGAGAUAGGAAGCAGAUUAGUUGGUUCUGGAGCAAGGAAACUAAAAGAACAUAUCCAACCUGAUGAACAGCCUAAAGAGAUUGAUGAGAAAUAUCAAACAGGAAUGGUGUAUGCCAAGAAAGCUACAGGAGUAGCUGUCAAGGUGAGUGUGGUGGUCUUGGACAGCAUAUGUUUCUUGACCAAGCGUGUGGCCGAAGAGGUUGGACCAAUCAUUAGUAAGCAAGCUAAUAAGAUGCUGGCCAAUGGUGAAGAUGAACCAGAUGGAAAGGCUAAAGCUGUCUUAGACGGUGUUCUGACUGUCACUGCUAGUGGUCUUUCAGGAUUUGGUAAAGUUUAUCGUGGACUGGAGACUGCAGCUAUUCAGAUGGCUAAGAGUAUAUCACAUGCAACUGUACAAACUGUAGAGCACAAAUAUGGUGAGGACGCUGGUCGAUUGACAAACAACUCCUUGGCCACUGUAGGUAACAUUGGUAUAUCAGCUCAUAACUUCAACAACCUUGGAGUCAAAGCAAUUGCCAAGAGGACUGCUAAGGACACUGGGAAGGUCGUCGUCAGAGAGAUGGGAGAGUCGAAAGAUGAGAGCAAAAAGCCCAAGAAGACUUGAUUGUGAAAACCAAACUCUCAAGCUGUAAAUGUGUGCAAUAAGAUAUGUGGAGGAAUAUUGUACGAACAUUUGCUUUAAAAUCAGUGGCCUGUAUUCUAAACUCUGUUUCACUAUGGAUAGCCAUUUGUGACACAAAUCACUAACAGUGCAUGUUUGAUUUAUCAGCUCAUCUGUUACUCAGAUCAUUCAUAACUGCAAAUAAUUAUUGAAUUAGUUUUCUUCACCACUACAGCAUGGUGAAAGAGCACGGUAAACACAAGAAACAUACAAUGUUCACACAUUUUUACACUUUUGGCUUCCCAUAAUUUUACCACAGUGUUAGACCAGGGUCGAAAUUAAAGUGGACUUCAGAAUAUGGGCCAGAGACUUGUCAGCUUUCAGGGGCAGCGUGACAUGAUUCAGAUGUUUACCCAGUAACAGGUGCUGUCAAUCAUCAAGAAUGGAAUCUAGUUUGAUGACCAACAGACCUUUGUAAUGCCCUGUAUAUUCCAUGUAUUACCAGGGCCCAUUGCAUAAAAGUUUGGUAGCUUUGCCUUGCAAUGGUAACUUGUGUGGAAUCCUUGAUUUGAUUGGCUGUUGAUCAGCGUUACCAUGGUAGUUACCAUUGGAUGGCAAAGUUCCACAAUAGUAACUUUUAUGCAACUGGGCCCUGACAUGGUAAAGUCAUUGUUUCACUGUGGCAAUAAUCCCUGAAAUAAUCCAAGAAAUGUCUAUAUGCUCUAUACAUGACUAAUUCAUCUGUGCACAGAGAUUUAGGUCUUUCUCUUGUAUUUUCAGUGCAUCCCAGAAGUCUACUGUCUGAAAAUUUAAUUCAUUCUCCAUAAAAACUGAAGACUUUAAUAUUGAGAAUAUUGGCUGGUACAAUGAUGUCUGUAAAAGAUAGCGAUUAUGUAUCUCCCUUGCCCAUAUGAAGGUAAUUUGAAUAUAAUGAUACUUUGAAGUGAUUGCUAUGGGUAUGAUUAUAGUGUAAUUUUUCACCAGAUAUUAUAUCAGUAUCUCCCUUUGGAAAAAUAGUCUUCAACUCUCAGAAAUGAAUUCAUUUUGCUAUCAACUCAUAAAUGAUAUUCUUAGUAAAUACAAGUAACAUGUAAUUACAUUCUUUGCCAGCUAUAUAUCAUUGUAUGAAAAUUCCAGUCUUGGGAUUCUACAGGUUACAUUUGCUUCGUUCUGAAAGACUUCUUAUUGAAGUAGAAGAUGCUUACAGUUCACCUUGUGGUUAGUCCAAAGUGAUAUGUAUGGUGGAAUGAAGAGAAGAAGACGAUGUUGAAAAUGAAUGAGAUAGAGUAGGAAUUAAAAGGUGAGAAAGAGAUAGAUGCGAGAGGAAGGUAUUCUUUUGUGAAAUUAGUGAAGUCCUUGAGAGGACUAUAAGCCAGAUGACAUGUGAUGAUGUGGUGAUAGAGAAUGGAUUCACUUGGGAGUCCCGGCAGCAAUUACUAGAUGAGAUGAGACUUUCUUGUGUGAGUUUUCUUAUAUGAGCGAAUCCAUUCAUGUUUUUGUGCCUUUUCAUGUUUGCUUCAGGAUGUAUGAUACCUCAUUUUAGAACACUAGCUCUCACUGAAUCCAAUUAUUUUCAGGUUUUGUUUCUUUCAUACCAAAGAAAACAAAAAUUGAAAAAUAGUUAUAAAUUGCUCUGUAUCAAAUGUAAAGGCACGUUUUCACUUUUUUUUGAAAUUGUGCUUGUUCAGUUAGAAAUACAAUUUUAAAAUGGUUGCUAUAUAAUCAGAUUUAAAAUGCUUGUGUUACAAGAUUUACUUCUUUACAGUGUCGAAAUGAAUGAAACUAAAAUUACUUAUAUUUAUGUGAUAUUUUCCUUUAAUCUAUGAAUGUUGCAGAUGAGAUCAUUUGUUUAUAUUGAAGUCAAGUCAUUAUAUGUCGUUUUUAUUUACAUUUCUUUGGAGUUAGAAAUUUAUAGUUUUCCAGCAUAUCUUGUCAUUAGGGUUUUAAUUUCAAUUGGAAAUGCUUUACAUUUGCUUCAUACAUUGGUAUAUAUUGCAAAGUAGAUGAUAAUUAUGCUCAUUUCAACAUAAAAGUAAAAUGUGGUGCAAUAUGGUAUGCAUAUAAGUAAUGCUUAAUUUAACUCAGUUUAUUACAACAUUUUAAGCACAAACUGCUGGCUGAAGCUCUUUCGGGAAGCAAACUUAUUCUGAGGGUAAUUAUAUAUGUAUAUAUAUAUAUAUGUGUGUGUGUAAUAUGUUUAUAUAUAUAUAAAUAUAUAUUUUUCUUUUUUUCUGUUGAGUAACUUAUAGAUUCAAUACAUGUAUUUAAUGAAUUAUUGCACUAGCUGAUAAUCUAUUUGUGAGUUAUGAUGAUAAUAGUAUACAAAUAGUUAAUGUUCAUGAGUGCAAUGGACAGAAUACUUCAUGAGGUAAAAGAUGAAAUUGAUAAUUCAUUUCAUCUUUCACCGAAUGGAGUAUGAUAAGAACAUUCAUUAUUUGGUUUAUAUGACACCUAAAAAUAGAUUUGUUUUCAUAUUAAAUUGAUGAAUUUCGAUGCAAAAUAUGUUCAUGCAGUGCGAGCUCGGUCUGUUGAUUGUCGCAAACUUACCUAUGGUACAUACAACAUGCCCGCUGCAAACACGAGUGGAUUUACGGGUGGUGUGGCGCCUGCAGCAGUCUGGGUCAGCGCAUGCAAUGGACAAAAUCGUAUGGAACCAAAAUUGCACGAUGAAUGGAUCCAAAAUUGCACGGUUGAUGACGACAUUGUAAAAUGGGCUGAAUGAUCGAUAUCAAACAACCAAUCAAAUGACAAGGAUCUAGCUAGGUGUCAUAUAAUAUACAAUGUUCAUGAGUGCAUUGGACAGAAUACUUCAUGAGGUGAAAGAUGAAAUGAUCCAUCCAACGAGGCAUAGCCGAGUUGAAUGGAUCAUUCAUUUUAUCAUUCACCGAAUGAAAAGAACAUUCAUUAUUUGGUUUAUAUGACACCUAAAAGUAGAUUCUUUUUCAUAUUAAAUUUAUCAAUUUCGAUGCAAAAAAUAAUCAUGCAGUGCAUGCUCGGUCUGUUUAUUGUCGCGUAUACAUACAACAUAUAGGUGCUGCAAACAAGAGUGGUUUUACUUGUGUGGCCUGUCAGUAGUCUCGGUGCGCGCGUGCAAUUGACAAAAUCAUAUGGAUCCAAAAUUGCACGGUUGAUGAGGUCAUUGUAAAAUGGGCCGAAUGAUCGAUAUUAAACAACCAAUCAAAUGACAUAGAUCUAUGUAGGUGUCAUAUAAUAUGCAUCAUCUAUAUAGCGCUAAAUAAAAUGUAUAUAAGCAUUGCAUACUCUUGUCUUGAUUUGGGGGAAUAAAAAAGAUUUGAUUUGUAUUUCUGUAUAACAAUAUUGUUUAAUGAAUAAACACAUCUCAAAACCAAUUAGCAUCUUCAAAUGUCAAUAUUUAUCCAACUCAUUAAUUCUUCUUGUAUAGCUGACUGAUGCUAGUUGAUUAGGAGAUGAUGAAACAAGUAAUUUGAAGAUGUUAAAAUAUUUUUAGUGCUAAAUACAUGCAUGAAUAAAACAGUGCUGUACUUAGAAAAAAAGGCACCAGGGACAAGCCCUAAUUGAGUUCACUUAUGAUGCUAGUGGCUCCUUUAAGUGGUCAUCACUUUUUUUUCACCUUUUCCCUUUAAUUUGCACCCCAUGAAAAUGGUAUUCUGAAUGCAUCCCACCUUGCCCCCCCCCCCCCGAUACACCACUUAACAAAAGUGCUUGUAUAUUAUGAACAAUGUAACUGAGAUCUAUUGCUCAAAAUUCAUAAAGUAAUAAUUCCUGUAUGAUUGUUGUUUUUGUAAUGUUACAAAAAAUCUUGAAAAUCAAUAAAAUUUUGGAAUUUUUUAAAAAUCUUAUCUGGUUGUUUCUACAUAUAGCUAGGGUAUUUCUUGGCAGCUCUGUCAGAUUUUGAUCAGGAAAGUAAUCAUUAAAAUACAACAUUGUGGUAUGUUUGCAGUCAUGUAUAAGUAGGCUGCAAGAUACCCACAACUCCCAUAUAUAACAUAAUGGAUUUCAAAAAUGAGUUAACAAUUCUAGGAAUCAAUAUACUACCAACUGAAAGUUUGUGACUUCUCUAGGGACGCAUUGCACAAAAUUACUAUUACAGGUUCAGGUUGGUGAACUUUACUUGCUAGUAGGCUUCUUCUGCUUCUUGUGUGUAUUAUUAUUUUUUUAAUAUGAUUAAAGGACAUGGCAAUAAUUGUGUUUACUGGAUGUAAGGAGUUAAUGUCCCCAUAAUUUCUAUAAGAUGAAAAAAAAAAUGUUUCUUAGUUUGUCUAUAAGAACUAUGAAGAUAUUAAAUAUAUUUAUAUAUU